GCCGUCGACACCGUCGCGCUCUCGACCAUGAAUCCAGCUCCCCACUAGCGAUGCAAAGCGGGAAACACGGAUUCGGUCAGAUUCUGCAUGCUGCGAAGAUGCCGGUUCGCUGUCGACGCGCAAUGCGUUCUGUCUCGUAUAAGACAACGGCCCUGGCUGCGUAGCUGGAUCACCACCUUUUCCCUCUCGUUGCCCUCGCCAUGGAUGAAAAAAACGACAUCGUGCAGCUGCCCACGCCCCCGGCGCCGGCAGUCUGCAAUGCCUCAUCAGCCAACCCGCCCAGCCCGGCCGAGUUCACUUUUCCUCCGCGGGAAAAAGUGGCCGAGGAGGUCGUCCCCAAGCCCGUUGGAUCGAACCGUGACUCUCGCGAUACCAUUGAUCUCGAGAAGCAGGCUCCGCCCAAGCGGAAGCGGUUUGCGAAUUUUCGAUACAAUGUCUUUACGGUCUACCGGCGGCUGUUCGCCUUUGUGUUCUGCGCCAAUCUGGCCGUUUUUCUCUACGUGAUGAUCUCUGAUCGCCAACUGCUGGCGCUGGUCGAUGCGACGGCCGUGAACCUGGUAGCCUGUGGUCUCGCGCGACACCCGAUGGUUGUCAAUGGCAUCUAUCGCGUGGUGUGUUCGCUUCCUCGCUCCGCGCCGCUCUGGUUACGCCGCAGGGCUGCAAAUGCAGCGCACUAUGGCGGUGUCCACAGCGGCUGCGGCGUUGCAUCGGUGGUGUGGUACAUUGGCUUCCUCGCUGCAGUGUCACGGCUGUACUGGACAUCAUCGCCCAUCAGCCCAUCCACCAGCGACUUCAAAUUCUCCGCCGCACCAGUCACGCUCUGCUACGUGGUUCUCGUGUGCCUCCUGGUGAUGGUGGGAGUGGCAUAUCCCACCUUCCGCAGAAAGUACCAUGACUACUUCGAGCUCACCCACCGAUUCGGCUCGUGGACCGUCCUGGCACUCUUUGUUGCGCUGCUGAUGGUCUUUGUCCACGAAGUCAGCCGCGCGCAACGGGAGUCGUUCGGCCACUUCCUCAUCACACUGCCGGCGUUCUGGCUUUUGAUCGCAGCUAUCAUCGCCAUCGUGCACCCGUGGCUACUACUGCGCAAGGUGCCCGUCAAGGCCGAACCGCUCUCCACGCACGCCACCCGACUCAGCUUUGACCACACGCAGAUCAGCUUCGCCAAGGGAAUCCAAGUGACCAAGCACCCUCUCCGCGACUGGCACAGUUUCGCCGGCUUCCCAGACGAGCCUGCUCCCUCCAACCGCAACAGCACCAUCUCCAACAACAGGGACAGUACCAUCAGCAACGCCACCACCUUGAAAGGCCACAGCUACCGGAACAGCACGAUCAGCAACAACAGCACCUUUAAGAAGGGUCAUAGAAGAAACAACAGUAGUUUCUCCAUCGUCGUGUCAAAAGCCGGCGAUUGGACAGCUGACACCAUCCAAAACCCGCCCAGCAAUCUCUGGAAACGCGGAUCCCUCAUGCGCGGCGUCGGCUACGGUCUGCGUCUCUUCAACCGCAUCAUCAUCGUCACUACGGGUUCAGGAAUUGGACCCUGUCUGGGCUUCCUCGGGGACGCGAACCGGCCGCUCAUCAAGGUGGUUUGGCAGACGCGUACUCCCAUAAAGACCUACGGCCAGGGUGUUCUCGAUCUCGUGCAUGAAAUGGGUCCUGAUCCAAUCAUCCUGGAUACGAACGUCCUCGGCCGUGUCGAUAUGCUUCCUAUUGUGCGCCAGCAAGUGGAUGAAUUCCAGGCUGAGGCAGUGUUUGUCAUUAGCAAUCCUGCCAUGACUCAGAAAAUCAUUUACGAGUUCCAAUCGCAGGGUAUCCCAGCUUACGGUCCUAUUUUCGACUCGUGAUUUUGGUCCUGUGAUAUUCAAAAACAGGGGGGAGACUGAGAGCAGGAAAGACUGGUGUAUAUAGAUUCGCCGUUGAAGUGGUUGAUCCACUUUGUUAUGACCCGGAAAUCUCUUAUGCUUUAUGGAUAUGACAGCAGCAAUGCAAAGUAAUAACUAAGACUGAACCUUACAAGGCUU